GCUGAGUCGCAUACAGUUGGACGACAGAAACACUCGCGUUUUAAGGAGGGUUUAUUUACUAACUUCCAGCACCACGCCCCGGUGGCGGAGUCAGUUUAGAGCUGACGUCGGUGAAAUGAAAUCGGCUUGCUGCAGUUUUCCUCACAGAAUGGAAGUAGCUAGUCGUGGAGGUGAUACGGACUAAACUCGCUUGACUUGCCGGGAUAUUGAACCCGUUUUCCCUUUUCUCUGAGUGUAAGGCAACCUUUACAACGAAGCUAAUAUCUGUGGCUGCUCAUCUUAUAUUGCACCCGUAUGGACGAUGAGGAGGAUGAUGUGUUUGAGCCAGACCCCCACUGCUGGCGCACCACAUUCAGGGAGAUAAAGUGUGAAGACCGGGGAACACAGACACCUGGACCUACCCUGGCAUUGAACAACGGCAUGCUGCCUUGUGGAGUCGCAGAGGAGCCCAGACCACUCUUCUACGGCAACGCAGGUUUUCGAUUGCACUUCCCAGCACACUUUGAGCUUGUUGGGGAUCAGGAAGCGAGGGGACAAGAAAGUGAAGGGGAGCAAAACGGGAUGGAGCAGCUUCCCCACCAGCAACCAGUGGCCCGCAGUGUGGAGGCCUGCAUUGGCCAGAAACUCCAGCUGAUAGGAGACCAGUUUCACCGGGAACACCUACAACUGUAUCAUCGAAACCAAAGGAACCAGGGGCGGAUGUGGUGGCGCCUGGCCGCAGCUCUGCUCAGCCUUCUCUUUGACAGGGGGUUCAUUGAUGGAGGAGGUGGAGCAGGACCGAGGUGAGGGGGGUCUCCCCAUCUCUCAGAAGAACUGGACUCCUAAUGGCACUGUAAAAUCUAACACGGGUCUGUUUUUAUUUGGGGAGGGGGGGGGGGAGAGGCAACAUACGGUCCCCGCGGGACGGAGACAACCAACUUUUAUACAUGGUAGUGUGUUUUUUUUUUUUUUUCAAGAAGAUGCCAUGAUGCUCUGAGAUUCCUCUACCGGACAAUGUUCAUAUUUUGGUAUACGUGUGGUUGUAGUAGUAGUUUUGUACAGUACGUUGUUCUUGUUAAAUGUUUUGCACUUCAACAUGUAUCAAUCUUCAAUGACCUCUACACACCCCGGGAAUGCCUUAUUCAACGUGCUCUGCCAGAAUGAGUAUUGAGAAAAUUUGAGAUGAAGGCAAUAUGAGAUGGUUAGGAACUGAAAGGCAAUGUGGUGUGAGGUUUAAUUUUCUGAAGUUUCCCAGGUGACCAGACAAGUUGAUUUACUAAUUUUCCAAAGAGGGAACAACUUCUCGGAACAAAGCGUUUUGCACCUCACCUCAAUGGAACAUUUAUCUAUUCUUAUUUUCUUUUAUUUGCUUUCUGUUUUGGUUUUCUUACUCCUCCAGUUUCUUUGGUAUGGUAUUACGUUUGAACAUGAUCCCUCAGUGUCAUUCAAAUUAUUGGGAACAAACCUUUUGCACAUGGAAAAAGUCUAUCACAUCUUAACUUGUAAUCAAAAUAUCUUUUUUAAUCUGCACAGAUGUUUUAAGGCCAGCCUUUCUUAAGUUACAUGCUACAUGUCAAACUGUGAGUACGUUUUGAUGACUCUGGAAGUAUUGGGGUGGAGUUUGCAGUACUGAACAUCAGUGACUGGUCAGACAAGAGUGGUGACAGCCAGCAAACCCAGGUUCAACAGCUAAUAAUAAUAUUAGGAAUUUUGAUUGUUGACACUGAAAGCCGUUAGCUCUAAUUAAUAGGUAUUAUGUUAAUUGACAAAACCAAGGUGCAAUAACAAACAACCAGGAAGUGCAUAAUCAACAGUGGAAUAACUACACUGAAUCAAGACUUUAACAUCAAAACACUGUUUAAGUCUUUUAUGCAACGCAAACAUUUAAAAAUAUGUUUUUAAUUGGCAUAUUAUAUGUAUAUGACAUUAAUACUAUUGCUAAUAAAUGUCUAGUUACUGUUCUAAUCAUGCAACUUCCCCUAUUGUGUAAUGAUAUAAUGUGUAUUAUAUUUAAGUUAUGCCACUUGAUCUAAUGCCUAUUACUACACAGCUGCUGGGUGGCUGGAUGUUGUUUAAGAUGUAGCACACUAGAGAAAGGCUGGGUGGGAAAGUUUAAAGGAUCUAUAAAAAGAUAUUUAGAUUCAUGUUGUGAUGACUUUUGCAUGCGUUUCGGAGGUCUAGCACACUUUGUUUGUUAUACCGAGCAAAUUUAAGUAUUCUUUCCUUAAAUGGCACCAAAACAAUUUGCCCAAGUCUACCGUGAUUAUUUUUCCGAUGUGUUCUUUUCAUGUGAUUGUUUUCAGACCUCCAUGCCCUUGAAGUGGAGCUGUGGAUCCACUGUUUUUGCACUAGAUGUACACCCUUCAAGAGUUCAGACUGUUACCAUGCUAACCUCCUGUCUUGUAUGAAGGUUUUCAGUUAUGACUUGUUUAAAUGCCCACAACAUUUCAAAUGUAUUCACUCUUAUGUCCAAGACAGAUAAUCAAUGUUAAGACCUGAAUGAAUGCAGUCUUGGAUCUGGAUUGGAUUCUGGACAUUUCAUGUACCAGAGUUUUUUGUGUGUGUCUACAAUAGAGUUACAAUAGAGCCACGCACCUCCAGUGAAAGGUUUCUGUCCUGGUUUGUUUUUCACAGCCUGUGUGUGUGUGUGUCACACCAUACAAUACUGCAUAAUCAAUCUGUGAAACAGAUCGUCUGAGGCUACUUUUAUGGGGUAUUACAUCGUUUAAUAUUCUGCUGGGUGAUCUUGUAUUGUGUUGGUGCUCAUAUCCAGAUUUGGGACAUUUUUAGUACAUGUAACCACUCGGCAGACAAAAAGACAAAAGUGAAAAGACUGUAAUUAUUGUUGAAAUAUGAACAUGUUUAAAGACACUGUUGAAGAUGCUGUUUGUUAUAUUUUCUAUUGCUGAACCCAGGCCAAGUUGUGGACCCGAGGAGCAGUACAUAUCAGGGGUCUGUAAUUAUAUGCUCCUUACAAUGUGUCAAGUUUAUCACUGCAUAAUUAGGGUUUCCUCUCAUUCUCUUAAAGAUGUCUCAGGGACAGACUUUGUGGGCUACUGGUAACCUUGAGAAUCAGUUACAUGGUUAGAGGAAGAGCAGUGUUUUUACCCACUCAUUCAUGAUGAAACCUCUUGAGGUAUUGUCAAGUCUUUACUUUUCAUUUCAGUUAUGAAAUUUCUCUUCGCCAAUUUCUCAGCACACAAGUAAAGGUACAGACUGAGGAGUCUGAGACUGACUUUCUGUCUGGGGUGGUGACGGUGGGCUGCUGAGCAUGUAGUAGUAGGCGUGUGAGGUGCACUGAAUGUGGUUGUGGUUAUAGUUUCCUGCGGAUCCUGAACGCUGAGCCAGUCCCUGUAGCGCCCUGUCUCACCAUUGGCUCUUGACUUCCUCUUUGUGCUGCUCCUUUAUAACAUGGCUAUUGUUCAUUGGUUCAUCUUUCUUUUUAAUUUAUUUUUUUCCCUUCUUAUUUAUUUUUGUGUAUUUGCCCAUUUCUACUGUAUACACUUGUGUGUGCAAUUACUUCUUAUUUUCCUUUUUUUUGGACUUCAAUGCUUUAGUUGUUUGACUGUGCAUAGCAGGUUGGCCUUCGUUGUACCUGAUAUUGCUUCAUGUGAUACUUAACUUCAAUUCUACUUUUUUAGUAUUGCUCAUCUCCUGUGGGCUCUAAGAAGUUUGUAGUUUUGCUCUUUAUGAAGAACAUCGGCUAUUGGCUGGUUGAAUUAAUGUUGGUUACAAUGGAUUUCAAUGGCGGUUCAAAUGUUUGCACAGUGCAAUUACGUUCCACAUGGUCAUUGUUUUGCCAAAAUCCACUGCUCCUUCACAGCUUUAAGGAAGACAAUAUUGUGUUGAGUAUGUAGUGUCCAUUUAUCCAAAAUGUAGCUGUUGUUACUAUUGCAAUGCAUUGUAACCAACAUAUAUUCAUUGUGACCACAGCUGCUGCUCUUCAUGAGAAAGAAAACUACAAACCUCACCUUUAAGCCUACGGGAUGGGUGUUUGAUACUCAAAAAAUAGUUUUUGGGUGGAGUGUUUCACUUAAAAGGUUGUGAGUUUCCAGGAAAUGGCCUAACCAAUUCAGACCUUUUUCAUUAUCUUCCACCAGCCGAUUCAUCAGUCAUCAUGGGGAGAUUCACAAAAUGUGGUUUAGAAAAGCAGCAGCUUAGAUGCAGUUUAAACUUUCAACAGGAUGGACCUUACCUUUGUACUUAAUGAGUCAUUACCCAGCCUUUGCUAAUGAUACACACAGCAUUAGAAAUGCUUCAAAACACCUAAAAAAAAGUUAGCCUUUUAUAUUAAGUCACAGGGUGUUUAUGUGUUCAAUUCUUUAACCUUGAUCAUUGUGUCGUAAUCAACAUGCACUGGAAAGUACUUUGUUUCUGUAGAUCCCAUGGGUCCCUUAUCUGUUGUGUGUUAAUGUCUAGUAUAUACUCUGGAUUGUUCUUUCGGGCUAAUCUUGCCAUGUGUCAGACGUAUAUAUCUGUGCAUUGACCAAGUAGGCUCCGAUUGAUGGCCUGUUUGAUUUAUUGGAAAGGGAGACAAGCCACCGUGGUGCCCUGUAUACUUUUGUUAGAAUGAGGUUCCCAAGCUGCACUCAUCACAUUAUAUGUGAGUGUGGAGAAUCCCUAGAGUGGGACUUGUAUUUUAUGGAAACCGUCAGUGUCUUGAAUUUUGUAGUCCACUUUAUAUAAAUUUAAAGUUUUCAAGGAAGGGUUUGAUUUUGAAUUUCUUUUUUUUUCAACGAUAACAUUUCUUCUUCAUGGUAUUUCAUAACUUUUUUUUAAAUGUAUUUUCUUAAUAAAAAGGGUCUGCUUUUAUAAGGACAGUUCAUUGCUUGUAAAAUAAUUUUAAUACGAGUAGUAUCCUUUUUGAAGUCCAUGAGAUCAAGGGCAUUUUUUUAAUAUAAAAAUGAACUUGCAACAUUCCUCGCACAUCUCAUUGUGGUGUAAAAACAAAACCAAGCAAACCAAAAGAAUUCAUAGUUGUGGUUAACUUGGCCCAUGAGCGUAUAGUUAUGGAAUAUUUGCCCUUCUUUAAAGAACAGCUACAUUGUACAUGUAUUUCUAAAACCCUGGAAUAUGCCUUUAACUGCUCAGUUUCUAUGAAGUCUUGAUUAUCACACACUCUCUGUAUACCAAGAAAUGAGACCCAGCGAAAAUGUAGCAUUUUUGUAAACAUUGACUGUGUGUUUUCGAGACUCUACUGUGCACUCAUUUAUGUGUAUAUAUAUUUUUUUGGUUGUUGAUAUAAUAUGGAAGUAAAGACAAUUUGUUAUGUAGUGCAAUAUGCUGUACAUAUGGAGCUUUGCUCUACAAAUCUUUUUUUCUGGAUUUCUUGUUGUUUAUUGGUACUUUUUUUCAAUAAAAUUUUAUUGAAGGUG